GUAUUUCAACCCCCAUAUUUCCAUAGCUAAUUAUUAAGAAAAAAAUGUCCGAACGUCAACCUCUCUUGCUUCAGUCCGAAACAACUGCAUCGGAGGAACGCCACCCACCCCGGCCGGACAUUCGAAGUUCUCCAGAUAAUACAUUUGUAAAUGUUCAAAGUGAUGACAGCAUUGGUGCAGAUUCAAUUGAGAGCUUGGACAAAUCCACAUAUAAUCCUUCUUUGCAUCGUACGUUGGAGCAUCCCACCUCUAAUUUUGAUACUCUAGUGCAUUUGCUGAAAGGAAAUAUCGGUACAGGGAUUUUGGCUAUGCCAGAUGCAUUUAAAAAUGCUGGCUUAUAUGUGGGUCUAUUUGGAACCCUCAUCAUGGGUGCUAUAUGUACGCACUGUAUGCACAUGCUGGUGAAAUGUGCGCACGAACUUUGCCGAAGGCUUCAACAACCGUCACUUAGUUUCUCCGAAGUAGCCUUUUGUUCAUUUGAAACAGGGCCCAUUGGCUUGAGACGAUAUUCGCACGUCGCGCGGCGAAUGAUAACAACAUUCCUUUUUAUAACUCAAAUUGGCUUCUGCUGUGUUUAUUUUGUUUUUGUGGCAUUUAACAUCAAGGAGGUGGUGGAUCAUUAUUUUCCACACAAUUACAUAAAUGUCAAAGUAUACUUGACGCUUCUUCUACUUCCAAUGAUACCCUUAAACCUUGUGCGUAAUCUGAAAUAUUUAACACCUGUCUCGUUGGCCGCAGCAGUGUUAACCGUAUUAGGCCUUGCCUUCUCUUUCUUCUAUAUUCUACAAGAUUUGCCUGAUACGGACACAGUGAAGCCAGUUGCAACAUGGGCCCAGCUACCUUUGUACUUUGGCACGGCUAUUUACGCUUUCGAAGGAAUCGGCGUUAUACUACCACUUGAAAACAAUAUGAAAAAACCAGAAGACUUUGGGGGCGCGACCGGCGUAUUGAACACUGGAAUGACUGCCGUGGCAUGUCUCUACACGACUGUUGGCUUUUUCGGAUAUUUAAAGUAUGGAGAAAAUGUAAAGGGCAGUAUAACCCUUAAUCUACCUCCUGAUCAGUUUAUUUCACAGAUGGUGCGCAUUGCAAUGGCUAUAGCGAUUUUCCUAUCAUACACUUUGCAAUUCUACGUACCUGUAAAUAUUGUUGAGCCCUUUGUUCGCAACCAAUGCACGGACCAACGAAAAAAAGAAUUAGCAUCGACGGUGCUGAGGGUUAUUUUGGUGGUAUUUACAUUUCUCCUGGCUGUCUGCAUACCUAAUUUGGGUCCCAUAAUCUCAUUGGUGGGUGCUGUUAGCAGUUCUGCAUUGGCGCUCAUUGCUCCACCAAUUAUUGAUAUAAUCACAUUCUAUCCAGUGGGAUUGGGCAAGUACAAUUGGAUACUAUGGAAAGAUAUUGCGAUUCUGUUGUUUGGUUUGUGCGGAUUUUUCUUCGGCACCUAUGCUAGUUUAGAUCAAAUUCUUAACCCGGAUGUUAACUAGUUAUUUUCCUGAUUUAAGUAUGUAUGUUUAAAUUCAUUUGAAUCGUGAUACUGACACGAUAUAAGUACAUACAUACAUACUAGCACGGGCCGAAAAUCCGCUUUUUUCGAAUUUUGAUUGGUAAUAGCAAAAAUAUGGUUCAUUAUGCUCUAAAGAAAUCUGUGUGAAAGAUGAAAAUUUUUGGUCAAUAUCUUAGGCUCGCCCAAGUCCAUCAAAGUUCAAUGUGCUUAAGAAAUAAAAAUUAAUACAUAAAUUAACACAUUUUUUUUUUACUAAAAUAGCAAUUAUCUUCGAAAGUAUUAGUCCUACAUAUAUAUAUGGACCUUUUUUUGUGGAGAAUCGAAAUAAGCAAAGAAACAUUUUUUUUACCACUUGAACUUUGAUGGGCUUGGGCGAGCCUAAGAUAUUGAACAAAAAUGUUCAUCUUUCACAAAGCGGACUUUCGGCCAUGCUAAUACAUAUGUACAUAUGUAGGUCCAUACAAAUCUAUAUACAUUCGAGUAUUGUAUGUAGUACAGCUCAAUUACAUAAUGUUGUAAGUAUUUAUAGUAUGUACAAGUAUUUAUGUACUAUGUACUUGUUCUAAAUUCGUUUACGUUAUAAUGUGGUAAGUGCUAUACAUAAAUUAUACUAUAUACAUAUAACAGUUGAAAUAAUUAUUUAGAUUAUUACUAAGUUAAUAAUUUGUUGUCCACGAGUGUAAUAGCAAACAAAGCACAAAAGCUUAGAGAAAUUAUUUAACUUUAAGUAUUUACGUGUAUGUUAUUUUACCCACGCUUUGAAAGAGUAUGCUAAAGUUCCUUUAGUUAAAAAGAAUCACAGAAAAUGUUUAUUAAGCAUUAAGUUCAUUCUUUUAGUUUUUCUAAGAGUUCAGAAUGCAGAAUGCUAUCGACUGUAACAUUAAAUUGUAGUUGACAACAUACCCAGUAAACCCGUUUAGCUCCGGAAACUGCAUUUGGUACUCUUACAUAUGUAUAUAUUUAUACACUUACCCUUUGCAUAUGUAGGAUUAAUUAUAAAAUACACAUCCAUACAUAUACAUCUA